AUGCUGAUGGGCUUGAGAGCUCUCAAAGUUUUCAAGUUACAAGAUAACAAUGUAUUCCUCUUUGUGCCUUCCACGUGCCGUGACGGGGACUUUGACAGCUUGUCCGAUCUCACAGAAGAGUCCAAGGUCAAGUACAUCGCUCAGCAGUGGACGGAGCUUGGAUUAAAAGACGUUCGGGUUACUAAUCAUACGGCUCUUCUGAGCUAUCCCGGACCCGUCCUCAGCACAAUCGUGGAGAAGUUUGGAAACCAUUGUUAUCUGCCCAGCGGAGUGAGGUGUGGACAGCCAUCAACAUCCACGACUGAACCCUUUGCCUAUGCAGCCUACUCUGCUGUGGGAAGUCUAGUGGCAGAGGUGGUGGACGUUCAGUAUGGGAGCCCUGGGGAUUUGAGAAGAAUCCAAGCUAGUACAAAUGUGACCAAUAGAAUAGCACUGCUAAAACUUGGACAAGCACCUUUGCUUUACAAGCUCUCUCUACUGGUAGAGCUGGGGUUUGGUGGCUCUCUUCUCUAUGUGGAUCCCUGUGAUGCCUCAUUUGUGAAUAAGACCUUUGGGGUAACCCUGAACCCAGGUGGGAACCCGUUUUCUCAGGAAAACUCCAGAGCUGCUGAGAGAGACAAUCACUACAACCUGACAUCGUUGCUGGUUCAGCCCAUCUCUGCCUCCUUAGCGAAAAUGCUGCUCUCUGCCCCCACCAUGGGUCAGGGAAGACCCUGUGUCCCUAUGAGCAUGCCCUCAGCCGCAGCAAGAAAAAUAAUAAAUCUCACCAUUGAAAACCAGGCAUCUUUCAAGACAGUGCACAAUGUUAUUGGAACUCUCAAGGGCAAGACCAAUCCAGAUCGAUAUGUACUGGUUGGCAGUCCUCAUGGAAGCUGGUACAAGGGUGCGUUGGCGGACUGGAGUAACGGUUCUGCAGUCAUGACUCAGAUCAUCGCCUCCAUGACGGCUCAAACCCGUGCGGGCUGGCUGCCUGACCGCACCAUCGUCUUCUGUUCCUGGGGUGGGACCUCAUUGGGCAACAUUGGCUCCUAUGAGUGGGGGAAGGAGAACGCAGUGGUACUUCAGAGCAGGGCAUUGGCUUAUGUCAGCCUGCACAGUCCCGUCAAAGCCCCUGGAUCCCUGCAGUCCACAGCAUCACCUUCUCUUCUGCAACUGGCAGCUGUCACCCAAAAGAGGCAUUCGAUGAGUUGCAGUAGAGGAGGUGGUUGUCCUGGUCAGAACGUCAGCUCACUGCAGACACCUGGAGAUGCCAGCUUUUUCUCCAACCAGCUUGCUGUCCCCACAGUGGAGUUCACAUACUCAGAGUUUCCUAAAACAGAGAGAGCAUUUUUUCUCUCUGAGGCCCUUUUCCCUCCCGAGUCUUCAUUAAGAGAGACCUUGGAUCCAGCCUUCAAACUCCAUGAGACUAUUGCCAAGAUAACAGCUGAGGCCAUCCUGCGACUUGCUACAGAUCCAGUUCUUCCCUUUUGCCCUCUGGAUAUCGCACUGGAUGUUCAGAACAAACUCAAAGAUGACCUAUUGAGUAGGCCAGACCUGCUGAACCUGGCUGCAUCUUUGAGGGACAGUUCAGCCUUCUUCCAAUCUGAAGUCAUGCGUCCUGCCAAUGACCCCAAAGAGAGGGAUCCAGCCCAUGUACGCAUGCUCAAUGACGUCCUUCGAGAUCUGGAAAAAAGCUUCCUUAUCCUGAACCCUUUGCCAGGGUUUUACAGGAACAUUCUGUAUAGCUUGAGCAGACAAGCUCCACGCUUCUCUGUCCUGAAGGAUGCCCUGGAGGUCCCCUGGCACAACAGUGUCAACCAGUCCCUUACUCUGGUGUCCAGCGCCAUCAGUUCAGCUGAGAAACUCAUACAAAGUGGACUCGACCUGUUUGAGAAUUAAAAUGACAAGCCACAAUAACAUCUGGAAAGAGACCACAUGGGGUCAGAAUAUGACGCAAACCCUGGGAUCUUCUAACUGACACACGUUUCAGAGGGAUCUGAAGACACUUUGAGAACUAGGGGAAAUCAUUAUGAAGUGCACUAUUUACCUAAUGUUCACCAGAAAAAUUUCUUCAGGAAAUUACUAAGUUAUUGUUUUUGUUCCUUUAAUAACAUUCAAAAAUGGUUCAGCCUUUUGUGGUUUCUAACAUCAGGCUGGGAAGAUUAAUGAGAAAAGACUCAGAGAGCUAAACUCUAUAACUCACGGGGUCGAGACUUUUUGUUCUGAGAAAGAAAAAAAAAAAAAAGAAAAAAACACCAGCAAGUUUAUCACCAACGUUUCCAGUCACAUAAACCCCAGAGGAUGACUGGAAGUCGUGACUCAAAAUAGUUUUUUUUUUUUUUUUUUUAAUUGAAAAAACAUGUUUCAAAAUAUUUUAGAAUAUAUUUUAUUUGCUAGUCUAGCUCACCAUUUUACAGAUGGGAAUCAAUGACAUUUGGAAAACGGGAAAUGGUGUGAUCCACAUUUAACAUGGAGUCGGACUUCAUAAUGCAAAUCUUAUUGAUAGUAAAAAGGAAGGACGCAGCAGCGGCGUGUGAUACUGACAGUCUCUCAGGGGCGUUUGUUUCCGAAUCUAGACAAAUAGCAAUGGAACAAAAUAUCUGUUUCAAUAAUGUUUGUACAAAUGUCUUGGGUUUUUUUUUUUAACAGGUAAACCAAUUAAAGUUGAUGUUAGACAGGUCAAAUCAACGAAACAAGAAUUCAGGGUAAUGAUUAACUGAAACUCUCUGGCAAUAAAGUAGUGGUAUAAUUAGAAACAUGCUAAUAAUUUUGGGGAUGAAAGUCAUAGGGUUAGAAAGCAAGUUUAAAGUCCAUAAAUCCCAGGCAAACAAAGGCAGGUCUUCAAGAGGUGUGAAUGAGUCUGCAUCUGAUUGGUGAAUAUAUAAGCUAGGCAAACAGU